UUCAUACAACUUAGCUAGUACAGCAUUAGCCAUACGUGUUAAGAUUUUCAGGGAUAAGAGGUUCGGCAACAUUCUGAGUGAACAAAAACCCAUGGGCUUGUCCGGUAAGUUCGAUUUCGUUUAUUGUCAUCUUGCUUUCCUCGUUAGGAAGGUAGACUGUGCAUCAUUGUGGACAUCUUGUCCACAACUUGCUACCGGAGCUUUUCUUCCCAUUCUUUAUCUCUUGUAUCAUUGACGAGAUACCUGACAUUGACCAUAUUUCAACCCUUGAAAGGCAUUUAGUAUAUUGAAAUCCCCACCGCUUCUAGGACAUAAUUGACGGAAUCCAAGUUCAAGAUUGAUAACAAAGAUGUGUUCAAUCCGAACAAUAUUCGUCGUCGGCAAUCCUCAACCUCGACACAAAGGGAACUCGGAGAUUUGAUGCGUCUCUCGUCGCAGCGAAAGAGCAUUUCCCGUGCUGGAGUCUAUAAAUAUAUCGGCCGUCUGGCCCCAAAAUGAGUUUUUGUCAACCUCAUAACACGGGACCUCAUCCACUCGACCAACCUACUUUGUCAACGCCAAUUGACCCCAAGAUGGAACAACCACUCCGUCACGGACUAAACGCCGAGCAGAGCCCCGCGAGGCGGUUGCUCUUCCUGAUCUGCCCUGGCGGGUAUAGUUUUGUCCAGCAAUACCCAACCGUGCUCGCCCGGCUGGCCAGCUGGGCGCGACUGGUCUGCGUGACCAGCGAGGCCGACUUCGUGCGCAAAUGGAACGUCUGGAUCAGCGACCCCACCUACCGCGUGGCGGGCUUUGUCCUGGUGGACGGGGCGAUUUUCGAGUCCCGUAACCGGCACCUGAUGCGAAGGCUCGUCGAGCUCCCGCGGCGCAUCGUCCCCUAUCAGCGCCCGCUCACGUUCUCGACGCCCGUCGACUCUCGCUGGUACGACCAGGCACCCAACCCUGAGUUCCGCUACGCGGUGGCCCUGAAUGCCGCCCUCUGGGCCGGCAGCCAUCCCACCGAGUUCAACCACUGGCUGUACGAGACCUGGCAGAUCAAAUGGCAGGUCAUGCCGGGCGUCAGCGCGGCGGCGCCGGAGUUCUAUCUGGGCAGAGUCGCGCGCGAGACCGCGGACCUGAUUAUCGAGGCGUGGUUCCAGGGCGCCUUCCUGUCGCGGGCCGUGUUCGUUACUGGGCCCCCCGUGGACCCCUACCGCGUCUGUGACCACGACUCGGUCCUGCACACGUGCGAGGAUGUCCUCCUGCGGACUCCCGAGGAAGCCGACGCGGAGUAUCAAGCGCGCAUGGCGGCGCCGCGGACAACGGUCGCCCCGCUCGAGCGGGACAGCGGGGUCUUGCACCCGGAUGUGGAGCCCAUCUACACCCAGAGGACCGAUGAGAACCCGGUGACCUUCCCCAUGCGUCCGCUGCAACAACCCCAGCGUCGUCGUUGGCGAGGAGCCCGUAUUCUGCGGGAGCACCAUGCGGCGACGCUGAACGUCAACGUUGCCGAAGGGGGGGCCCCGAAUAGGAUCUUUGCAUUCAUCGGGCUCAUCGACGACAUUCCCGAGGUCGGAGGCCUGAUCCUCGAUAUCUGCAACAUCCAUGAUGGGGAGAUCCAAUGGACCGCGCCCGAGCUAUCGAUGCCUGAAGGCGAAGACGAGCCAUACGAUGCGGCGGAUGAGAGACCGCGGAGGGUAAGCCGUCCUCAUCUUGAACCCGAAGAAUACGAUGCGGAGGAUGAGAGACCGCGGAGACGAAGAUCUCGGCUUUACCUGCAGCUUGAAUAA